AUGACCUUUGUUCUCACUCGAGAUACAACACCAUCACAACUUGUACGAUUCUUGAAUCUUAUUGAUGGAGACAAUGAUCUUGGUAGAGCACAAAGACUCUUUGAUCUAGCUAAUCCACAAAAACAGAACAAAGACACAUUCUACUUUUCAACGUUUAAUGGCAUUCAUUCUUCUAGUAAUGGAUUAUCUAUCCACGAUCCCAUGGUUUCUUUAAGAACUGAAAGAGUAAAUGAGAUAGUCACAUUGUUAAGAGAGAAACAUUGUAUUUAUAUUCGAUCACCUCCUUUUACUGGCAAGACCUCUCUUUUACAAUUAGUGGGUAAUAGUCUCAAAGGUCAAGGAAAUGUAGUCACGUUGUCAUUCCUCGAGUUGAGAGAGGACAUGGAUUUCAAUCAAUAUUGGAGAGACAAUAGUGGAAAAACUUUUAAAGAAUGGAGUCUAGCCACCACACCAACAUACAUCCUUCUUGAUGAACUUCAAAUCAUUUUCAAUAGAGAGAAAUCUCCUGGUCAGUUUUGGCAAUUGGUCAACAGUAUUACCACAACCAAUGUAAAUCCAAACUUUUAUUGUCUUUUCGUGGGCGCUUAUGGUGAGAAAAAUACUACUCUAUCUGAUAUUAGUAUUCCUUCUACUUUUCCAUUAACUAGGGGAAUUGAAACAAUGGGGUAUUCAAAGGAAGAGUUUAAAGAAAUUAUCACCAAAUGUAACUCGGUCUAUCAAAAGAAUGGAGGAUUCACAAUCUCAAAGAGUAUACGAAAAAUAAUUUGGAAAUCAACUAGUGGGCACCCUGGACUUGUCACUAUCUACCAUCGAAAUAUUUACAACAAGUUUAAAUCACCAACACCAGACGAACAGAUAAUUUCUCACAUCCUCUCACACGCCUUUAUCAAUGCAAUUACUUUGUGUCGAGCUUUCGCAGGAAUUGAUAGACUUGACGAAACACAACCUGCUUGCAGAUCUCUUCCCACUGAAGUUUACUGCUGUAAUGUUGGAGAAUACUUUGGAAUCGAUACAAAUUUGGACUUUUAUGUCAAUGAUACAAGACAAUGGGGUAUAGAAUUAUUGGUUGAAGGAAACAAAUUCUCAAUGCAAAGAUGUAACACCACACACAAGGAUAUUCCUCUCAAAAAAAAAGUAGUUUUAGAUUUUAGAACAGAGGGAGGUAAAAAGCUUCAAGACCAAACAUUUGAGGAACUCAGUAACCUUUGGAUCGUGUAUUACAAUUUAAUUUCAAAGAGUGCAACUAUAUGGAAAAGUUUAACCGAAAAGAUAGAUAAAUUGUGGACAAUAAAGUUGAAUUUCAUCAAUAAAACCAGGAGGUGUUUGAAUUUUGAAUACUUCAUUCUUGACUCUACAAAAUGCGAUAUUUCCCAACGUUCUAGAGUGAAAAUAGGAAAAAUGAUGGUACCAAGUAUUGGUACAAAUUAA